GUUCUGACAUCUAGUGGCGGAACAACGAAUGGAAAACACAGAUUAACUCUGAGGAAUGUGUUUCUACAAAGUUUUACACUCUGCUGUUUGAGCAAGGGUGACACAGGGUGAGGGGUGGAGAGAGGGGAAGGUCAGGACACAAGCAGGGGUCUGUCUAAUCCAGCCCUCCUCCUCACCCUCAUCCUGUUUACCUGCUUUUAGGGUUUGAAAGGAGCUCUGUGUGUGUUUGUGUAAGAGGUAAGGGGGUAGAGAGAGUAGAAAAAGGGACUGCCAUCCAUGUAACCUUCUUCUUUCUCAGAGACAGCAAACAGAACAGAAAGCCCACAAGCUUUUAUUAAGCUUAAAACAAGACCAUUGGAUCAGUAGGUGAGUUCAAAUACAGACAUGGAUUGCAAACUCUGGCUUGCUUUUUCAGUGUGGCUUUUGCUGCCCACCUCUGAAGCUGGAAGGCAGAUGCCUAAACUCUCUGAAAAGAAACUCUGCGCUGACUCCGAAUGCAGCCAUCCUAUCCUAAUAGCUCGUGCAGUGCAGGACUAUUACCCUGGAGACUGCAGAUUCAUCCCCAUCAGACAGGGCCAGCUCAUCUAUGUUUAUGCGAUGCUAAGAGACAGAGGGAACCUCUUCUGGGCUGGCAGUGUACAAGACUCCUAUUACGGACAGCAGGAGGCUCGCAUUGGUCACUUCCCAAGCAGCGUAGUGGAGGAGACCCAUCCCCUCAUGCCAGCCAGCACCGAAGUCGAGACUACUAACUGGGACUUCUACUGUAACUAAUGUUGCAUUUACCAACAAAGAGAACAACAUGGUAAUAAACUUUGUAUGUCCAAGACAAACAUAUGUUUUGAUCUUACACAGAUUGUUGAUAUGUAGUUUUGCUUAUCCAAACUGUUGAUAUCCUGCACCUUAGAAGAUAUGAACAGCUCGGCACAACAACAUAUGAUUCUAGAUUGUGAUCAUAAUGAAAAUGUCAAAGCGCUAUGAAGGGCUAUUGCUGCUUAACGCUCUAUAUUUGACUUGUGUCUGUUUUACUCUCUGUAAUACUCCAUCGUUCUGAUUGUAUCUGUUUCGCAUUUUUCUGAUUCACGUAAUUUGUGCUCCAUUGUUUUUGAUGUUUUCGCAUCACAAAAUAUACCAAUGUGACAACUGUCUAGAAUCUAGAUAAUGUCUACAAAAUAUACGAUGCUUUCUAUAUAAUAUUUGUAUUAUUAAAGGGGACUAUAUUGCAGUAGAGGACAAAUGCAUUGCACUGCAAAUAAAUGAAUCAUGAUUCCGCUUCUCUCCAAAUGUAUUGUAUGCAUGUGUUGCCUUUCAAAAACAGACAUUAAAAAAAGAACACA